UACUAAAAAGAUAAAUAUAAACAAUGGAGAAGACUCGGAAGGUUUCCUAUAAAAGAGCUGAAUGUUAUCGUAAGUGAGUUCAGUUUGCUACGGCUUUUAACAGUUAAAGUAGUUUGCAAGUUAAAAAGUUAUUACCUCGUGCCAUCUGCGAAUUCUUUCGGCUACCUACGGACAUAAUAAAAAGGAGAAAAAGCAACUGAAAAUUCGAAUAAAAAAAGGUUGCCCCGUAAAAGUCGUCAGCUUUUUGACUUUUUUACCUAAACAAGCCGGGUGCGCGCUUAUUUGAAUAAUUCGGUACCAGUCGACGUGCUUCGGAAAGCUUUCGGGAAAAGUGAAUUCUUGACUUGCAACGCUGCCGAUGUGAAUUGGUUUUGAUAGAGUGCAAUUUAACGAGAUUUCUGAAAUUUUGAGUCGUGGGCAACGUAGCAGCUGCAUUCCGAUCAUCUCCGAACCGAAGAAACCGCAAGAAAACAAAAGGAGACGGCAAAAGCGCACUCGGGCACUUCGAAAGCGCCGAUGAACUUUUUGGACCGUGCGGUCGUACUCCGAGAAAAGCGGUCUUUCGCGGCGGUCGUGGUGACGAUGUUUUCGUUUCAAUUUUACGGGUUUCUCUUAGUUUCCGUCGUUUUUCUAAAUGGAAACUCGGCGGCCGAACCAUUUUUGAGGACAUGCGAACCGAUACGCGUAGAACUGUGCCGGGGUUUGGGGUAUAACAUGACCAGAAUGCCGAACUUGGGGGGUAAUGAUGUACAACAAGAGGCGGACUAUAAUUUGAAAUCGUACUCACCUCUGAUACAAUACGGGUGUAGUCAACAUUUGAAAUUGUUUUUGUGUUCUGUGUACGUGCCCAUGUGUACCGAGAAAGUCGCGAAUCCGAUUGGACCUUGCAGGGGGUUGUGUGAAAAUGUUCGAAGAAGGUGUUAUCCUGUACUACAGGGUUUCGGUUUUCCAUGGCCUGAAGCUCUAAACUGCUCUCGUUUUCCUGUUGAAAACAACCAGGAUCACAUGUGCAUGGAAGGUCCCAAAGAAAAAGUCGAUAUCAGCGCCCCAGUAGACCCAGCAGUAAGAAAAUAUGAGUGUUCACCUCACAGCAUUAGAAACGGAGUUCCUGGUUGUGCCCCUACCAACUGCGAUAAUAACCGAAUGUUCGAUGAGGGAGAAAAGAGGACGGCUGAAGUAUGGAUCACGGCUUGGGCGUUUGCUUGUAUGGCUGCAAGUCUAGGGUCAGUUGUGACCUCAGCUCUAGGUGGUGGUAGAGUCAGGGCUCCACCCCUUCUAGGUCUAUCUCUAUGCUCCUUUUUAGUCGGAGUUGGAUGGGCCUUACGUUCAUUUGCCGGACCUACAGGAACGUCCUGCUGGAUGCCAGACCCCAGCGACUUGAAAUCGGUUGACGGAUUGCCAAAUGCAAUUUGUGCUUCUGUGUUUUUGUUGCUGUAUUAUUUUGGAAUGGCCGCCAACGCUUGGUGGGUAUGCCUCUGCGCAUGGUGGUUAGCCAGUGCCAGACUUUCCUGGACACCUGAGAGAAUGGGCAGCCUUACAACAGCUCUACACGUUACCGCUUGGAGUUUUCCUGCAAUUCAAACUGUUGCUGCUUUGGUACGCAGUGAUGUAGAUUCCGACGAAUUGACAGGCACCUGUUUCAUUGGCAACAAAAACCUCCAAACUCUCAGGAACUUGGUGCUGAUACCCUAUCUCAUAUAUUUCUGCGUGGGAGUUUUUAUUUUGGCCUUGGGGUGGGUUCCGGGCUUAAGAAGAACUAAACUGGCACCGGUUUUGAACCCAGCAGCUGCACCCCUAACCCAGGGACCACCACGGAAGGAAAAAAACUUUUUGGGAUACAUAUCUGCCUUGUAUGGUCUCAUGAUAUUUCUGGUGAUGGUCAGUUAUUUUGUGGAAUAUAUCAACAGGGAAAAAUGGCUGGCAGGUGACGAAAAACCCUCUCUAUGGUUCUUCCUUCUUUUACGUCAUCUUAUGUCAUUCUUAAUGGGAAUCAGUACACUUUUAUGGAUCUGCUGCAGAAAAUCUGCCCAAGUAUGGAAAACGACUUUGAGACGUCUAGGACCCAGAUCACAAUUGAGCAAAAACAAUCCAGUAUUAAAAUACCCACCUACUCAUCAUUCCGGUCUUAUAGUACCUGGCACCAUUUACACCAGCUCUAGGCAGAGUAGUCGAGCUCACGCUCACCGAAAAACUCCCAGAUCUCACCAUAUGAGAAGCGGAAGCGAAACUAUUAUAUAAAUAAAACUUCAAUUUGUUCUUAAUAGGCGAUGCGAGAUAUUGUGACUUACAUUAACUGUAUCGUAUCCAUUUCUAAAAAAAAAACAAUAAUUUGAAAUUCGUCAAACUUUUUCGUUCUAGAAUCAGAAGUCAUUCUACAAAUAAAACAGAAAAUUUGAUUUUUCCCAUAUUGCCUUAUGUAAAUAGUCUGUGAUGUACAUUUUAUACAAAGUAUUUAUUUUAAAAGCGUAGAUACUUAAAUGUGUCGCUUGAUUAUGUUGUUUAUGUAGCUUCUUAAGGUAGGUAUAUUAUAGUGUGUACUUAAUAAUACUAUAGGAGAGGAUCUUAUAGACUUUCUCAACAAUAUUAUGGAUGUAGUUAAACUUUUACCCUAAGAAAUUAGGUUCAUUACUCCCAUGUUCAUUGGUACAAUAUGCUCAAAUAAUAUUCAGGCAUAAAAGUUUUUAAUGUCCAUUCAAUUUACCUCAUUUUUUUUAAGCUUAUUAUAAUGAAAAAUAUAAAGUGAACAUUUGAAAAAUCUGCACAUUUACAUGUUCCUACUCAAAUCAAUAAAGUUCUACAGCAGUGCGUUUUAAUUUUAAGAGAUCUUUGGUUGUAAGUUUAGAAUAUACGUAAAUUAGCGACAUUAUCGGUAAGUUUUAAAGUUUCUCAUUAACAAAAAAAUGGUGUAAACUCUUAAAAUAUAAAUCGGCUAUAAAUGUUUGUAAAUAA